AUGCUGAAUCAUCGCGUUGUACUCGUCGCGUCCCCGAUGCACGGGGUGGAGCUCGCAGGACUGCUGUUCACCGACUACCUCCGCAGCUCUCUGCUCCAGAUGGACAUUGCCGAGGCACUGAGCGACGUCAACGGAUGGUUUUCCUUCUUUAGAAGCGGCUUCAACCCUUCCACGCUCCUGAGCUUCUACAGCCGGCUCAUCAGUGAAAGGAUGUUCUUCCGGCUUCUGGAGUGUGGGGUGUCGGCGUUGUGCAUGUACAGCGGAUCGAGGCUGUGCCAGGACGCGCUUGUGUUUCAACACGUGUACCCCAUUGUGCGCGACUACCGCUACGGUCGUCUGUGGUGCACGCGACUACUUCACUUCGUGGGGGGGCUCUUCUAUCCAAGCUUCCUGCGACAGUCCAGAGGCGGUUUCAGCGCGAGCAGCAGCAGUAGCGGCACCUCUCGCGCCACCGCGAAAGGUUUGACGAGAGGCGGCUCCGCCUCCAGCGCGACACCGCAGCCCUUCUCACAGUCGGACUUGGUGGACGUUGAUGUGGCCUUCUACCGCAACCCGCCGCGGCCCUCGCGGGCGAAGCCGUUUGAUGGGAUGCCGGUGUCCUGCGAGGAGGCACUGCGCUACUACCUCUACUGCUACACAUCACGUCCUUUCUACGCCAUCUUCGUCAGCGGCCUCAUCGCGGACGUGACGCUCUUCGUGAUGGAGCAGAUCAUCUGGUGCUCGUACUUUUACCAAGAGCGCACAAAGCGAACCUCACGGUGGCGCAUGCUGAAGCCCUUCGUUGCUGACCUGGUGGUGGUAUCGGUGCAAACGACUUUGGUGUACGCGGCUCGCGUAUUAGGCGUCUUGAUUGGGCAAAAGCUCUCGCGCGAACCCACCGGCGGCGGCAUUUUCUGGGGAGAACGCGUGACGCUGCUGCUGCUGUCACCCGGCAUUCAGCGCGUGAGCCUCAUCGCGGGGCGCGCUGUUCGAGAUACCCUCGAGCGCCGCCACCCCCGCACCGUCGAGGACGAGUUGGAGGACAAGCGACUCGAAGAAGAAGCCGAGGAAGCUGCGCGGGCUCAGGCCGCUGCGGAGCACGCCGCAUUCGCCUUCACGUCUGUCCCCCUCGGCAAUCCCGCCAGGCGUGCGGCAAACGGUCCUGGCGAUGCCGGUGCAGGAGGAGGCCCUGGGGAUGCGGGCCACCGCGGAAUCUGUGAACGUGAGUACACCAACUACUAUGAGGUGCUUGGCGUGACAAUGCAAUCGAAAGUGGCAGACAUCAAGAAGGCGUACCGGGCAAAGGCGCUGCUCAAUCACCCCGACCGCGUCGGCAAGGACCCCGUGGCGCAGGAGCAGGCGCGACAGCAGAUGUCGGCCAUCAACGAGGCCUACGACACGCUUCUGGACUCUGAGAAGCGCGCGCAGUACGACGCGAUGCGCCGCUUUUCUGAAGGCCCUGAAUUCCUCAAGAAGCUUGAAUCCAUGACAACGACCCAGCUGGCUGCAGUGAGCACGGUGGUCGUAUUAGGCUUAGGUACACUGACUGCUGCGUCGGCUUAUGGUCAGUAUCUAACCAUCUUUCAGCGGAUGACGUCGCUGGGACGUGGCCCACUGAUGCUCUUCUCUUAA